AUGUAUCGUAUGUCAGUCAUUACGAUGCUUUGCCCAGACUCUACGAUUCAAAAGGACAAGUGCAUCAAGAUGGCCAUUGUUCACGAUAUGGCAGAGUGCUUGGUGGGCGACAUCACCCCCCUUGACGGCGUUGAGAAAUCGGAAAAGCAUCGCCGUGAAUUAGAGUCUAUGGAGUAUUUGACCCAAACCUUACUAGCUCCGAUAUCCAAAUCCAUAGCUCGCGAGUUCAUGGAUAUUUGGGAGGAAUACGAACAGGGCCAAAGUCCAGAAGCAAUAUUUGUCAAAGACGUCGACCGCUAUGAGCUCAUUCUUCAAACAAUAGAAUAUGAAAGAGCCCACAAUCUUGAGCUUGAAGAGUUUUUCCACGUAGCAGAGCGUGUCCAGACACCCUUCAUGAAGGAUUGGGUUGCUGAAGCUUUAGACAAGAGGGCUCAUGAACUCAAACUUACCGUCGGGGGAGCAGCUAACUAG